GUGUGUGUGUGUGCGUGUGUGUGUGUGUGUUUGUGUGUGUGGAGGAGAAAUUACGAAACAGAGAGGGCCACUCUGUUGUGGAGGAGGACUAGGCGAUCGAAAACACAACAGAGAAGAUCUUUUGCUAAGCUUUUAACGGUUUUGCAGAGGAGUCUAUGUAUCGUCUGUCCUCUACGUUUGACUAAUUCUGAUUUUGGACCCGGGUGCUCUUCUUGUAUCUAUGGGCUCGAUAAGCGCAUCUCUCGUUAGGACAUAACGGGCAGGGCUGCCUCCUAAUCAUUAUUUAAUUCGCCUUCUCUGCGCCGCAACAUUGGCAGAAACCUGAUCCAGAGGCAGCAGCAACAACAACGUGCUGAUCAUGGAUUAGUGCUCGAGUGAAUUUUCAUCUGAGAGGUUCCCAAUGUUGAACAUGUCCACCCCCAGCGAGCUGAAGCCUCCCUGUGUGACUCGUAACGGAAUGGUGAAGUUGCCCCCCAGCCAGCCUAAUGGUCUGGGCAGUGCGAGUAUCACUAAGGGGACACCUGCUGCCAAGAACCGCCUGUGCCAGUCCUCCUCAGUACCCUCCAUCCUGCCCCCUCUACCGUCGUCCCUUCCCUACCACCACCACCACCACCUGGAUGGCCCUGGCAUGCCCAACUCAGCAGCCUCUCUCCUGGGCUCUGACCUGGAGCCUGGAAAGCCUCUGGUGGGCUUGAAGCCAUCCUUUCGUCAGCUUCCCCCUCUCACUCUACCGAAACCCAUGCUGCUGGAGCGCCAGCUUAUCCUGGAUGAGAAGCUGCUCAACCGAUUGCUCUGGUACUUUACCACAGCUGAAAAAUGUGUGCUGGCGCAGGUAUGCAAGACAUGGCGCAAGGUGCUGUACCAGCCCAAGUUCUGGGAGGGCGUGACACCCAUCUUGCAUGCCAAGGAGCUCUAUACCCUGCUGCCAAAUGGGGAGAAGGAGUUUGUCAGUCUGCAGGCCUUUGCCCUGCGUGGCUUCCAAUCUUUCUGCUUAGUGGGCGUGUCAGACCUGGACAUUUGUGAGUUCAUUGACAACUACCCACUGUCCAAGAAAGGUGUUCGCUCAGUCAGCCUCAAGAGGUCCACCAUCACAGAUGCUGGUUUGGAGGUUAUGUUGGAGCAAAUGCAAGGCCUGAUGCACCUUGAACUGUCAGGCUGCAACGACUUCACGGAGGCCGGCCUGUGGUCCAGUCUGAAUGCCCGGCUAACUUCCCUCAGUGUCAGUGACUGCAUCAAUGUGGCAGAUGACGCUAUUGCUGCUAUCUCACAGCUGCUGCCCAACCUAUCAGAGUUGAGCCUGCAGGCCUACCACGUCACUGACACGGCCAUGGCCUAUUUCACAGCCAAACAGGGCUACACCACCCACACUCUGCGGCUUCACUCCUGCUGGGAGAUCACCAAUCACGGUGUGGUCAACAUGGUGCACAGCCUUCCCAACCUGACUGCCCUCAGCCUCUCUGGCUGCUCCAAGAUCACUGACGAUGGUGUGGAGCUGGUUGCUGAGAACCUGCGUAAGCUCCGCAGCCUGGACUUGUCCUGGUGCCCUCGGAUCACUGACAUGGCCCUGGAGUACAUUGCCUGUGACCUGCAUAAACUGGAAGAACUGGUGCUGGACAGGUGUGUGCGGAUCACAGACACUGGCUUGGGCUACUUGUCCACCAUGUCAUCAUUAAGGAGCCUCUAUCUGCGCUGGUGCUGUCAGGUGCAAGAUUUUGGACUGCAGCAUUUGUUUGGAAUGAGGAGUCUUCGUCUACUGUCUCUUGCAGGCUGCCCCCUGCUGACCACCACUGGUCUAUCAGGCCUUAUCCAGCUGCAGGAGCUGGAGGAGCUGGAGCUGACCAACUGCCCUGGAGCCACUGCCGAGCUCUUCAAAUACUACUCCCAGCACCUGCCCCACUGCAUGGUCAUUGAGUAAGACCACUGACCUAUCCCACCAACCAACCGACCGACCGAUCGCCAUACUUCUACCUUCUUCCUCCUUACUCUUCCUCACUCUUUUCUCAAAUGCUAGCCAGGAGACUGAACUGCUCCUACUGUACCACACGGUUGCUCAUUACUUGACCCCCUACCCGUCUUCCUCCACACCUCAUUGAGUAGACUGACCCACAGAUGGACAGAUAGGCAUAAAGGCAGAUGAUGGUAAAUGCCUGACCCAGAGGAUGAUGGGAUGGCGUUUGAGCUUCAUUUAAGAAGAUACUGGAGUGAAGAGCUUGGUGUGACAUCUUGUCUGACAGCAAGUUUCUUUUUCAGAAUCAACAAAAGGCUUUUGUACAGAGGAGAGCUUCUCUAAAGACUUUGAUGAUUUUCUUUUCGCUGAAUGGACACUGAAGGGAGUUACAUGCGCAGAUCCAGAUGCAACGUAAAUGAAUUAGGAAAGGGGAAAUAAUGACUUGUGUUUGAGCUGAUAUGGUGGAACUCACACAUGCGCUCAUACACUGUAAACACACUCACACACAUACUGUAUAUGGUAAGUGAAACAAAUGUAAGUCCUCAAGACCAUGAGUACUGACGUUUCUAUUUCCAUCACUCUGUGUAAUAUAACUGCUAUUCUUUUUCUCAGAAGGUAUCAAAUGUUAAGUUUUCUCUUGUUUAAAGAAAGACACCAAAUGCCAGCUAGAGAAACAGGAAUCAGAGGCAACUAAAGCAGUUGAGGAAGUGAGUGACAGGGAUGGAUCUCUCUUUUUCUCCCUUCCUCUGUGUGUGAAGUGACUCACAGGUUCCCAUCCUCUUGGGAUACCACAAUCUUUUUCCAUAUCUGUGUCUUAUCAGAAUGAUGAAUUUGAUUUGAACUUUUGUGGUCCUGAAGCUGCAUUGUGUGACCCCCUGGCUAACAUGAGGUUACCUCAAAAGGUAAAAAGGGAGGCUAGGGGAUUUCAGUAUUUGUUAUUAGAGCAGUCUACACUACAGGCCAUGGUCAGAAAUGAGUAGGAGCUCAGGGCUCUUGUACUGGGGCAGUUUUUAAAAGAUAAUUUUGUUUGAGGGAAAUUUACACAUUUUCCUACUAACCCAGAGUCAGAGAAUCUUAUGAAUGGCCUUUCAUAUUUAGCCUAGCUUAGCUCAAUUAACUGAUGUCAGUGGGAUCACGUAACAGCUCCUAUUAGUCCUUAGCCCUACAGUUGAUGGCUGGUCUAACUACACUGAAUGUUUGAAUUGUAAAUGACAUAUUACAAUCGCCAUUUACAUUCUAAUGUUCCUAAUAUCUGCAAACUGAGAAGUGAGUUUAUGUGAAACUUAAAUCCACAAAUUGUUUUUUAAAGGCAAAACUGCCUUUGGAAGUAUAUAAAAUGUGAGCAAAAACAUAAAUUAACAUCAAUCAAGGAAGCUGUCAUUGUUCAGGGCUAUGCUUUUGUUGCUUUUUUUGUUGCAAACCCAAGUUGUUAUAAAGCAUAUUUUUUCUUAGACCUUAGAUUCCCAUAUACAUCCAUAAUCUGAGCUAAGCAAGGCUAAGCUUUGUAUUCAACACUGGUACAAAAAGGCAUCUGAAAGUGUGUCUGACAUUGGGUAAGAAGGAAAACAGUAGUAAGUAAGUUUCCCAUAAACCAAAGUAUUUAUUUAUCAUGAAUACGUUAUUGAUGUUACAAAGUAAAAACAAAUAAUUUAAAUGCCAGUAGUUUCGUUCCCACGAUCAUCUGAUAUUAAAAAGAAAUGAAUGAGCCCAACAGUGAGCCACUGAAGGGAUUGGAUCAGUGUCAGCCAGUAUUAGGUUGUGCCAAAUGCAUCCGUAGCAGCACAUAAAAUGUGGCUGGUUGUCUCUAGCUGAUUGCUGGCUACACUGAAACUGACUCAGUGUGUACUGUACGGACAUGGCAGACCAUGCAUGUUUUUAGUUGGUCUGCAUUUUUGUUUCAAGAAGGCCCAUUUUACAGGUUGUUCUGAAUAUCUUCAUUGUACAGUAUAUUUAUUUAUUUAUUUAUUAAUCUAUUUAUUUCUUUAAAUUAAUUUGUGUCUUAUUUACAUGAUUUAUUUAUUGAAGAGGCAUUUUUCAAAUGAUUUUGUUUUAUGGAACUUGCUUCAAAUUUGGGCCUGAAUUAGCUUAUGCAUUUAUUACUGGUUUUGUUUUUGUUAUUAUUAUUUUCUGACAUUUCAGACCCCUGAGUGAAAUAAUCUACUUAUUACACAUUUAACAUACACUCUUUUAGACACCAGUGACAGUUCACAUCAUUAAGACUGACUUAAAGUUUUUUAAUCUUCAUAAUGCGCAAGAGUAUAUUUUUUGUGCAAGUAUGUGUCAACUUUGUAUUACCGUUGGGUCCAUCAUUAAGAACAAUGGGAUAAACAGUGGUGACAAGUUAUAUUUACUGUCAUUGUCCUGAAAAUGGAAAUACAGAGUAUGAGUCUGAGAUUGACCUCUGUGAUGGCUAAGAAAUGUUUACACUGUCUACAAAGACAAAUGGCAAGAUGUCUGAUUUGAAGAUGAGGAUUCUGUGGAAGCUUAUUACGGACAUAACUAUUGAAAAGGAAAAACUUUAUAUAUUAAACACAUUUUGAGCAUGAUCCAGCAAGCUAGCUUUAACACUAGCUCUGCACUCACUAGCUUUGGUUUGGGAGAGCUUAAGACUUUAUUGGAACUUCAUGGUGGCAUGAUAGAUACUAGGAUGGCAAGUGUGUUGAUAUGUUGAUUUUGUUAUUAUUACUGUAACUGUCCACUCAAGUGCAAUUUGAUAUUUAUGCCACACCUUACUAAUAAAUGAAGGCCAUCUGGAAGCAACAGUUACUUGAUAGAUGUUCGUUACUGCGCCCUCUGGGGCUACUUGCCGAGUAACUGUACAAGACAUGUAGCCAAGAGUUUCAUUGUUUUUAGUUUGGCCAGCUCAUGGAAUUAUCAUUAAAUUACUAAAGUUUUGAUUUGGGAGAACUAAAGACUAAAAUGCCUAAUUAGACAGAAAAAUGACAAUUACUUAUUUAAAAUUGCUGUUUAGUUUUUAAUAACUAAAUUAAAUGGUUUUCAUUACACAAAGUUAACAGUGGUUUAAUUUACAGUGUCAGAUCAGCAUGCAAACAUUUUUCAUGUGCAAAAAUCAAGUCAUUUUAAAUAUCUAUAUUGUAAAGUUGUCAAUAAUGAAUUGAUAAGUCGAUAAUUGGUCCCAUCCCUACUCUUUCACCCUAAAAACAUACAUUUCAAAAUGUGUUCUGCAGCUCUGUUCCUGCACCCUGACUCACAAUUUGAUUACUACUCAACACAAAUGUGUUUUGUGCUGUUUCAGUAUUUUUGCUUUUAAUGAGCUUCCGGAGAAUUCAAAUGUAAGUUUACAUAUCAUGAACUUUGACAUGCACAGUCAUGCAUUUCUCAGCUAUUAACAACUAACAACAAAUCCAAGGUACAUUAUCUAAGGUACAUUUUCUAAGGUAAAUAAUUCCUGUCACAUCUAUUACUGUCUACAGUCUUUGGUCUACAUCUGGUCUACACCAUUUUGUUACAACCCUUGUACAGCACAACUUUAAGUAAGCAGUAAAAUAAAUACUGACAGUUGACUGAUAAUGUUGAAAUUGGCAGGAUUUGUGUGCUCUUUCAGUCUCAGAGUGUUUAGCCCACCUGUGCCUGUACUGAUCUUACUUUGACCGAAGACCACCUUUGCACUAAUGACCAGCGGCUUUUGUGCUUUGGUACCUGCAGAUGUUCUAGACCAUUUGAAAAAAGCAUUGACUCAUACCAACAUCACACCAACAUGCCUGUUGACAAGAAGUGCCAGAGCCAGAUGUGGUCAGUAAGUGGUUUGGACUUCUGGUAACAAUGGAAAUGAACUGAUCGUGUGUAAAGCUGUGUUGUGUGUAGACUAUUCACACAUGCAUAUAUCAAUGAUUUCAAUGGCAAGAUGAAAAUGUUGCAAAAAAUGAUGGAUCCGGUCAAAUAUGUAUUAUUAGUUUUCCUGCAGCUCUUAAGCAAAUAAAAUGUAAUGUUGGAAAGUA